AGGUUUGAAUAGGGAAGUUUUGCAGGGGUUACGUUUGCAGUCAGUCCGGUGUUUGCAAAUAUUGUGUGGGCUCGCGAGCGCGUCUCUGGACUCCGGCAGGAUCUGAACCCGCGGCGCCUCACUGCUGGGCACUGAGUUUGCAUGAAACUUUCCCUGCGCUGCAGGCACGGCCGCUGCGCUCCCGACUCCAGACCGCACACCUCCGUGUUGGUUCAACAGCGGGGACUGAUUUUUCCAAACCGACAUGGAUGUACUCCCAAUGUGCAGCAUCUUCCAGGAACUCCAGAUUGUGCAUGAGACCGGGUACUUCUCGGCGCUGCCCUCCCUGGAGGAAUAUUGGCAACAGACCUGCCUGGAGUUGGAACGCUAUCUCCAGAGUGAACCCUGCUAUGUGUCAGCCUCUGAAAUCAAGUUCGACAGCCAGGAAGAUCUGUGGACCAAAAUUAUUCUGGCUCGGGAGAAAAAGGAAGACCCGGAAGUGAAGGUUUCCUCCAGUCCCCCUGAGGAUGCUCUCAGCAGCCCCAGCUUUGGCUACAACCUGGAGACCAACAGCUUGAACUCGGAUGUGAGCAGCGAGUCAUCGGACAGUUCCGAGGAACUCUCACCCACUUCCAAGUUUACCUCUGACCCCAUUGGCGAAGUGCUGGUCAACUCGGGGAACCUGAGCUCCUCAGUCACCUCCACACCCCCUUCUUCCCCAGAACUGAGCAGAGACCCUUCCCACCUGUGGGGGUGUGCACCCGGUGAGCCGCACCCUCCAGGGAAGAUACGCGGUGGGACUUCGGGGAAGCCGGGUGACAAGGGCAGCAGCGGGGACGCCUCCCCAGACGGCCGGAGGAGGGUGCACCGAUGCCACUUUAAUGGCUGCCGAAAAGUUUACACCAAAAGCUCCCACUUGAAAGCACAUCAGCGCACUCACACAGGAGAAAAGCCUUACAGAUGCUCAUGGGAAGGGUGUGAGUGGCGUUUUGCAAGAAGCGAUGAGUUAACCAGACACUUCAGAAAGCACACUGGUGCCAAGCCUUUUAAAUGUUCUCACUGUGACAGGUGUUUCUCCAGGUCCGACCACCUGGCCCUGCACAUGAAGAGACACCUCUGAGGGAGCAGAGUGUGAAUCCUGCGGCUAAAACGGCUUCCAGGCUGAGAGACGGCCAUGGAAGGAGGGUGCGUGUUCCAGCCAAAGCAUGCCAUUUUGCACCCCACCCAGUUGCCUCCAGGACCUCUCCUUGGAAGGUCUUUCGAAGGCGAAAGAAGUCAUGUCAGAAGCGGCAGAGCGCCUGUGGUGUGUGGUGUUUGGGUGGCCUGGACUCGCCACUGGUACCUAUCUUCUGAGUGGUCCCUAAGCCUUUGCCGUGAGCAUGUGCACUGAGAAUGUUAAUGGUUGGGUUGAUUGUAUGUGGAGGAUCUAUUAGGACUGUGUGAUGAGGCAGAGUCUUUCCUGUGCAGUAGCAAGACUGCAAGAGACAGAAAAAAAAAUUGUUUGAAUGUUUCGUGUGUGACAGGUAAACCAUGAGAUGAGAUGACCACCAAUCAUUUCUUUGGGGGGUGGGAGGGUGUCUGCGCCUUAUGAAAAAAAAAAAAAAAAGAAAGAAAAAAAAGAAGGGAAAACAUGGAGGGCGGAGUGUGCGUGGUCAGAACCCUGUGUGGCGAGUGGAUGUGGGAGGGGGAGCCCUCCUGUGUGAGAGGAACAUUGGCGUCUGGUGCAGCUACGAAUCGAAUCGUGCAAUGUGUCAAGUAGCUUGUUCUACUGGCUACAACAGCUCAUUUGUUACCCUUUGUAUAAGCUGUGUAUUUACAAAUAUAACACAAUGGUAACCUUUCCUUAUAAGACAAAAGUAAUGCAUGGUCUAGGGAACUUUCUGCUUUUCCAUUUUUAAAUCAGAACUACAAUUUUGAUUCCAGUUACUGAGCAGCUAAAAUACAAUUUGUUGAAAUCAGUGAUCCCUAGCCAUUUGGGCCUGGCAAUACACAAUUUCUCUCCCCUUCGAUUUUGUAACACUCCCCUUCCAGAAAGGUGGUGUGCAACAUAGGAUUGUUUUUUAAAUGAUUCUGAAUUUGAUGACCUUUUUGGAAAUUUAAUGAUGCCCUUCAAGACAUUGGACACCUACUGGGUGUCAAGAAUGCGAGGGCUGGUCUAAUGUUACAUUAGACUAAGAACCUAAAAUUUUCUCAGUUGGGUGGAUAAAACCACUAAAGUUUAGAAAGUGUUUUCUCAUGCAGCUAUGUUUCUCUUAUUUAUGCCUUGAGGACUAAUUUCUGGUUUUCUAGCUGUUAAUGCACUGUAGAUCUUAAUAAUGGUGCCUUAUGCAAGUGGCCCCUUAUGUGGGGGUCUCAUACAGGGGUAUGGGUGAUGCAUGCUUUAUUAAGGCUCUUUUUUCACCUGGCAUUGUACUGUAUCAAUGUAAAAUACAGAAAAAAAUCUCUUUAAAGUCCUCCUUCACAAAGACAAAUAGAGAGAUGAAAACCCCCCAAACAAGUCAGUAUUUACUCAAUAUUUUGCAUAACUUGACCAUCAGUGUUAAAAUGGAAAACACAUGAUAAUUGAAAAACCUGACCAUUUCUGCCACCAUGAGACUUUUCAUAUAGACUUUGCACAACAAUUGUAUAGUUCACACACCGGCUGUAUUUAAUAUGUAAUGUUUUCACGCAUAUUAAAGAUACAGAAGUAUAAAAAAACAAUGUUAAUGUAUUUGCUUAAAAGGCACAAGUUUCACAUACCUAUCUAGCUAUUUGUUGGUAAUACAGAAAGUAUAUUAAUUUUUUAAAAGUGGGCAGAAUUCUUGUGUAUGUAUAUUUGUGUGUAUAGUAUGUAUAUGUUUGUGUGUGUGUAUAUAUAUAUACAUAUAUAUAAUAUAUAAAUAUUUUUUUAAGGAGAAAUUAGAUGUUUAGCUAGAAAAUUUCAUAGCCUGUGAAGAAAUAUUUCAAAAUGGCCAUAAAGGAGGUAAAAAUGAAAACUAUAACUUUUAUAAAGGCUUUAUCUUUAAUUUAAUUAUUUGCUACAGACUCUUGGCAAGGACUCUGUUCCAGACUGCUGACUCUGCUCAUCUUACUGGCAGGUCUGCAACAGGGUACUGUUGGCCACUCAAAAUUGGCAUGAACGGAAUACUAGCCCACAAGUUGGUCUCAGACACACUAUUGUUUUGAUUUUUAAUUUCAGCCUUAUUAGAAGAUCUAAGAGUCAGCUAAUUACAGGGAUUUUUUUAGAACACUUUUUAUGCAGAUGAAGUUGGUUUUUUGUUGUUGUUUUUUUAGUACAUAGAUUCUUCCCAUUUUUCCAAUGAAUAAUUUCCCUAAUUUGGCACACCACAGUGUGGACAGCUGAUAUUUCAUCCAGCUGCUGGCUUGUGGGUGUGGAUUUUUAUAUAUAUAUAUAUAUAUACACAUAUAUAUAUACACAUGUGAGUCUGGCUGGGCUGGUAUUUUGUUUGAUCUUCCUGGAAAUGAGCAAUGAUGAAAGCUCGAAUAACUGGUUUUUUUUAUCUGGGCUGAUGAAUACACUUACCUAAACAACUCAUUUCAUUUUGCUAAGGGGGAAAAUGCACUUUUGGCAAUUCAAAAUCCAGGCACUUGAUUUGCUGGAUUUUGGAAAACUCCUUUUUUGGCCCUGCUGUGCGCCUAGCCAUAACAAUUCCAUUAAGUAAGAAGGUAAACAAAAGACAAAAAGGAAAAAAACCACGCAACUUGCACUGGCUUGUCUCACUUAUGAAACACCACGGAGUUGUUUGAUUGGGUGGGGCUGGGUGCCGUGUAUAUCAAUGCCUGUAAUUUUCAUAAUAAGCAAGUACAUAAAGAAUUAUAUUCUGUUCAGGUGAUAACUGAGCCUCAAUCAAGCAGAAACUUUUUGCUUGACAUUAAAAAAAAAUUUCUAUUAGUGAAAUUUCUUUUUUUUUUUGAAGCACCCUGUUAUCUAAAGAAUCUUUGUAAGAUUUUUGUAAAAUUUUGUUUUACAAGAUUUUAUUUGAAAUUGUUUUUUGCAAGAUUGUUAUAUUUCUGUAUGAAUGUAUUUUUUAUUGGAAUAACAUAAAAGAAUUCUUAUCAGGA